UACUGAGUGGGGACAGUCAGUGAAUGAUUCUUUGUAAACAUCAUCUGUGGAUGUUCACGAAAAUCUGAUCUGGGUACUAAGAGUAGUUCACCAAGAAGACGAAGAAGCAUUUCCUCAUGUCGAGUGACACAGCGAUAUGUUUGACAACCACUUUAGGCAGCAAAGGAAAACAUAUAUCAGAGAUAAAGAAGACGAUCCUACGGCCACUUAUCCAAUUGGCGGUGAAAGCUAUUGAGCAGGAGCAUAUCGAGGAUGGAAUUCUUGACAGAUUAUCCGAAAAGUACAACUUGCCACAGGAAAAAGUCGAUGAGUGGUAUUCGGCAGUACUCACGAUUUUCAGGACUCACCUGCGAUCUGCCAAUAGUCCUAUAAAGACUGCUGAUUUUAAAGAAUGUCUACAAGAAUUGAAAUUUGAGAAUAGUUGCAUUGAAGACUUGUGUGCAGUUUUGUAUGGGCACAAACGACCCGCCCUCAUCCAAGGUCUAACGGAGAGAACUAAAUUUUUCCCAACGUUGAAGUCGUGUCGCUGGAGAAUCGAUAUCACGAUAUCUUCCAGUUACCUCUCACGAGUGCUGGAACCCACAAUUCUGAUGGAGUGGACGCUGAGUACAGGACAGCGAUACAUGUUCGAAUUGAGUAUGGCUAAAUUCCAUUUACUGAGGCAUACAAUCGCGAGUUUGCUCCUAAGAAUGCAAGAACUCGAGAAUACGACUUCAUCAAGAGCCAUUCCACUCAGUUAGUAAUUUCCUACAGACUUUAUACGAUAAAAAAAUUAAUCCUAAAACAAAAUAUAUUUCUAAUAAAAAAAUCACGAAUUAA